UAAUAGAAGGAUUAAGCUCAAAUCAAAAGACUUUAUAUUCAAGGAGUCUAAUCUAAAGUCCAACAAGAACAAGAGCCUUAAAAAGAAGGAUAUCAUGAUUGAACUUUCCAAGUCGAUAUCUCAGACUCAGAAUAGUGUUCUAGAUCCUAAGGAAAGCUCAAAGUCAUUGUUAAAGCAUCAUGUGUUGCCGAAGCUCCCUCCUCUUCAUUCAGAUGGGGAGGAUAGUUCAAGUUUAAAGAAAUCAGACAAAAGUUCAGACAAACCCUCUCCUUUUGAAAUCCCACCGGAGAAACUUGAUGUGAAGCUCCAUAUUCAGAGAAGGACUAAUCCAAUAAGUCUAGCACAAAGUACGAGUGUUUCACCGGAAAGAAUGGUCAGAAAGCACUUCCAGAAACCAUCCCUUGGUAGCUCAUUGAGUGCAAAUCUGAAGAAAUAAGUAUUCUAAAAAGAAUAAUGUAGCAGCGAGCUACACUCCACAAAUCAAGCAGUUAAAAUCUAAGAAGUUGAUCAAGAAACCUAAAAUUUCAAAAGAAAGACUGAAGAAUUCUAGGCAUAGUACCCAAAAUUCAGAAUUUCUUAUCUACAAAAAUAGCAAUGCUAAAAUUAAUAGAGCCUCUUUUAGCGUGAGCAAACGAAUGCGAGGCUCCUUUAGUAGUCUAAAAGAGAGAAAAAUUAAAACUAGGAACUCUUGUAUGAAAGAUCGGUCCCACCAAAGCUCUAAUUCUAGGGACAUUCAUCGAAGCAAGUUCUUGAAGUACAACAAAACUAUCAACACAAACACCAGUUCAAGGAAGAUCAAGCAUAGGAGAGCUGGAACAUCAUUUUACGGCCAGACUAUGAACCUGGGUAACUCCACAUCAGGAUUCACAAAGCCAAACAAACCCCACAAACGAGAGAAGCUAAAGCUGAGUAAAGAAAUAAUGAGACGCCUUAAAAUGCGGAGCUCAAACUCUUCUCAAGUCCCUGGCUUCAUGGAUAAAAUAUCUGUUGAAAGAUCUCGGAAAGAAAAAUUCGACCCUUAUAUCACUCAAGACCUUGUUAAAAUAGGGAAAAUGACGUCUAAGAAGCUUGGAAAAGCCAAAGACUUUCCUCUUCCAAUAUCAAUGACCAGCAAGAAGUUAAAGAAGACUAUUCAGUCACGUCUAAGAUAAAAUAUUUCUUCCUUUAAUAAACUUUUCCUCACCAAAUCAUGCUUGGAUUAAUAGC